CUGUCAAUCGUACAGCAGUAGUACCAAUCGCACAUCUCUUUCUUUUUCCGGUCACCAAAAUGGGUAUUGAUAUUAGCCACAAGUACGAUCGCAAAGUUCGUAGAACUGAGCCCAAAUCGCAAGAUGUUUACUUGCGCCUUCUUGUCAAGUUGUACCGCUUUCUGCAGCGUCGUACCAACAAAAAGUUCAACCGCAUCGUAUUGAAACGUCUGUUUAUGAGCAAAAUUAACCGCCCGCCAAUGUCUUUGCAGCGUGUCAGUCGUUUCUUCAAGAAAGCUGGUCAACCAGAAGCUACCGUUGUUGUUGUUGGUACUAUUACCAAUGACAUCCGUCUUCUGAAAGUGCCUAAGAUGACCAUUUGCGCUUUGCAUGUAACGCAGACAGCUCGCGAACGUAUCAUUAAGGCUGGAGGUCAAGUGUUGACAUUCGAUCAAUUGGCACUUAAAUCGCCUACUGGUAAGAACACAUUGUUACUGCAAGGAAAACGUACUGCACGCACAGCCUGUAAGCACUUUGGAAAGGCUCCUGGUGUUCCACAUUCGCAUACCCGACCAUAUGUGCGAUCAAAGGGUCGUAAAUUUGAGCGGGCUCGUGGUCGUCGGUCAAGCUGCGGUUACAAAAAGUAAACAAUCAAGAUUUGUGCGUUUAUGCGUUAGUUAUAUAUUAGACUGUGCGACCGUGCGAUUCAUAUUAUAUAGUGCAUGUCACCCGGGCUAUAUCAACAAUACAAAUAAAAGAUGAAUUACUUUUAAUGUUUUCCAAGACAAAAA